AUGCCACUUCCUUUGAACUAUACACUAGACCAGAAGGUUGGUGAGGGUACAUAUGCCGUGGUAUACUUAGGAAAGCAGACCCUCACCGGAAGGCAGAUAGCUGUUAAACAGAUCAAAACAGGUGGAUUCAAGGACGGCUUGGAUAUGAGUGCUUUGAGAGAAGUAAAGUAUCUCCAGGAACUAAGACAUGAAAACAUCAUAGAGUUGGUUGAUGUGUAUGCUACGCCCGAGAAUUUGAAUUUGGUGCUUGAAUUUUUGCCAUACGACCUCGAGAUGUUGAUAAGAGACAGAGAGGUGAUAUUCACACCAGGCGAUGUGAAAAGUUGGAUGCUCAUGUUCCUCAGAGGCUUGCACCAUUGUCAUAGAAACGGGAUCUUGCAUCGCGAUUUAAAACCCAACAAUUUGCUAAUAUCGCCGAGCGGGUCGCUGAAAAUUGCUGAUUUUGGCCUGGCCAGAUCGCUGGGAUUGCCCGACGAAAGACUCACUUCAAACGUGGUCACAAGAUGGUAUCGUGCCCCGGAACUGUUGUUUGGAUCUAUUCAUUAUACGGAGGCUGUUGAUGUUUGGGCUGCGGGAAUUAUAUUUGCUGAGCUUAUGUUGAGAACGCCCUAUUUACCCGGUGCUGAUGACGCGGACCAGCUGAUCGUUACAUUCAAAGCUUUGGGAACACCAACUGAAUCCAAUUGGCCGGGGGUAUCCAACCUGCCACUGUACGAUUCGAUAGAGGUGUUCUCUCAGCCUUCAAGACAAGAACUAAGAAACAGAUUUCUUGCUGCAACUGAAGCUGCUUUGGACAUGAUGUCACAGAUGGUGGAGUUGGAUCCUUCAAAGAGAAACGAUACCACGGGACUGUUGCUUCAGAAAUACUUCGUAGAGUUUCCAUUGCCGACAGAACCGGAGUUGUUGCCAAAGAGAACGAAGAAGGAGACAUAA